AUGAGAUGCAGUAACUGGCUAGUACUGACUCGGUUUACGGCGUUCAAGGUAACAGCAACCUCUCCCAAAUUGCGUUGCGCCUUCCCAUGCGCCCAUUUCCAAACAACUGUGCAGCGAAAAUAUAACACUCCUACCAUCAACAUUGAUCGCAAAAUCGCCGGCGUUGAAAAAGUCUUCGACUACUACUUUAAGAACAAGAUCAUUUGCGCAGAGUCAGUCCAAAUGGCAGCUCCAGAAGCGCUCCUUAUAAUCAAGGGCCAUGAGUACAGCAUUGUCCACAAUAGACGCCUAGAGCUUGUCGGUGACAAGAUCAUGGAUCUUGUCUUGUCACAAAGAUGGUAUCAGGUCCGCAAUCAGAAUGGCCAAACUAGUCCAGUAAAAACCUGGAAUGAUAUCCAUAAAUCCCUCGUUUCGAACGAAGCUCUUGCAGUACGCGGUUUCAGGCUCGGCCUCGACGCUUAUAUUGUCCCGGCAUCUGGCGUACACGUCACGAAGAACAUGAUGGCGGACGCGUUCGAAGCCAUGGUCGGAGCCGUGUCACUUGAUGCAGGAGAAGAUGCUAUCGAGGCUGUUCGUGAUGUUCUUGAGCGUACUGGGUUCUUCAAUCAUCCUAUGCUGGUAAGGUAG